AUGGCCUCAACUUUUGCAGGGGCGGAGGCGGACAGUGGCACAUCCGUCGUGAUGUGUUUGUUCUUUCUCUUGCUCAUGGGCCUUGGAGUGAUCGGUGCCAUGGCCUAUGGGGUGAUCCUCCAUGUUGCACGUGGGCGCCGGAAGCCCUGGCACUUCUUCCUUUCCCACCAGAAGAGCACCUCGGGGUCUCUGGCGCGGCUCCUGAAGAUUCAGCUGCUGAAGAGAAGCUCUCGUUUCACGACCUUCAUGGACACAGACAACCUGCGUGACCUCACAGAGCUCUUCGGCUUUGUGCGGGACACCCAUACCUUC